AGAAGCUGGGAGGCUGACACCACCCGGAGCUGCAGCCUCCACGGACCGCUUCCUACUUACUGACAAGACUAUGCCCGUUCAGGGGCCCCAGAAGAGGCUUCUGGGUUCUCUCAACUCCACCGCCACCCCUCACCUUGGACUGGCCACCAACCAGACAGGGCCUGGGUGCCUGCUUGUGUCCAUCCCAGAUGGCCUCUUCCUCAGCCUGGGGCUGGUGAGUCUGGUGGAGAAUGUGUUGGUCGUGGUAGUUAUCACCAAGAACCGCAACCUGCACUCGCCCAUGUAUUACUUCAUCUGCUGCCUGGCCCUGUCUGACCUGAUGGUGAGUGUCAGCAUCGUGCUGGAGACCACUAUCAUCCUGCUGCUGGAGGCGGGCAUCCUGGUGUCCCGCGCGGCUUUGGUGCAGCAGCUGGACAAUGUCAUUGACGUGCUCAUCUGUGGCUCCAUGGUGUCCAGUCUCUGCUUCCUGGGUGUCAUUGCUAUAGACCGCUACAUCUCCAUCUUCUAUGCUCUGCGUUAUCACAGCAUCGUGACGCUGCCCCGGGCACGCCGGGCUGUCGUGGGCAUCUGGAUGGUCAGCAUCAUCUCCAGCACCCUCUUUAUCACCUACUACAAGCACACAGCCGUUCUGAUCUGCCUCGUCACUUUCUUUCUAGCCAUGCUGGCACUCAUGGCGAUUCUGUACGCCCACAUGUUCACGCGAGCGUGCCAGCAUGCUCAGGGCAUUGCCCAGCUCCACAAAAGACAGCAGUCCCUCCGCCAAGGCUUCUGCCUCAAGGGUGUCGCCACUCUUACUGUCCUUCUGGGGAUUUUCCUCCUGUGCUGGGGCCCCUUCUUCCUGCAUCUCUCGCUCAUCGUCCUCUGCCCUCAGCACCCCACCUGCAGCUGCAUCUUCAAGAACUUCAACCUCUUCCUCAUCCUCAUCAUCCUCAGCUCCAUUGUGGACCCCCUCAUCUACGCUUUCCGCAGCCAGGAGCUCCGCAUGACACUCAAGGAGGUGCUGCUGUGCUCCUGGUAAGCAGAGGGCGCUGGGCAGAGGGUGACUGUGAUGCCCAGUGGCCUGCAUCCUGUGAGACCACAGGUACUCAUCCCUUCCUGAUCUCCAUUUGUCUAAGGGUCGACUGGAUGAACUUUAAAAUAGAAGCCCAGAGUGCCUGGGGCCAGGAGAAAGGGUAACUGUGACCCAGGGCAACUGCAGGAAGUGGAGGAAACAGGGAUGGAACUCUAGCCCUGAGCUAGGCUCCCGGAGAGCUUCGCCUCUCCCCACUGACAAGGCAACUCC